CUCCUGGAAUCAAUGCUAUAAUUGUUCCUUCUGAUCCAGCUACUGGGUAUUAUUUAAUGGAGGAAUUUCUUGGCAACGUUAUUAGCACAGGAAUCCGCAAUACGAAUAUUGGGCAAACGGAAACGAACAUACACUCAAAAUAAUCUGGUGUCAAUCCAGCGCGGUGAAGUCACAUAUAGACACCGCGCGGUGUUAAUUGCCCGCAUCAACACCGCGUGGUGUCUAUAUGUGACAACACCGCACUGGAUUGACACCAGAUUAUUUUGAGUGUAGGUACUCGGGCUGAGGCUAAAUGGACAAAAAGUGGAUGCCUUAUUAAUUAUGACUCCAAGUUCGACGGACAUCAGGAAUUUGACCUAACCACGCAUAAUGGAGGAAGUCCUUGCAUACGUGAUAAAUUAUGGGAUCGACAACGUUUUAUAUGAACAUUAUGCAAACGGGCGUGAGCUAACCCAGGCUGAAGCUACAUGGACAAAAUCUGGAAGGACAAUUAAUUACGAUAGUAGUUUCAAAGGACAUCUAAAAUCUUACGCCCACGCCCAAGCAAUGAUGCACCGAGACAAUCCAAAACUUCAAAGAUUACCAAAUCCUCGAAUCAGUGGGGCCACGGCGGAGUACAAGUUCUUCGAAGCCUGGUUUCUCUACCUUUCCAGAACCAAGGAAUUCAAUGCCGUCUUUGCCCAGGCUUUUCAAAAAUUUAAACAUUUGGCAAAAACUCAUGAAACUGGUAUAUUUUCUCAACACGAGCUAGCCCAAUGCUUUGCAGGAAUUGGAAAAUAUACGAAGGUUACACAAUUUGCGAUGGGGUUGCUGACUAAGGCCACAGUUUUGACCGAUGAUGGACGACAGAGUGUCCCCUUUGCAGCAGUCGCAAAGUUGCUAACUUUAGCCGUAAAAGUGGUCAACGUUCGAAAGGAGAUGUACGAUUCUGCUAAGAAAAGAAAACAAGAGGAUGAAGGGCAUCAGUUCCAGGUGAGAAAUUGGGCCAGUAUCGUCGCAUAUUUGGGGAUGUUGUUGCAAGCGAUGACACAACUUGAUAAAAAAACCGUUGGCGGAAAUGAAUUUUUAGAUUUUUUUUAGAAAUUCAUAAUACAUAUUUACGCAUCUCACUAUUAAUUAUUCAAAAUAUUUAUAUCGUGUAUCAAUCUUUAACAUGACAAAAUUUGCGUAAAACAUAAUUUACAUAUUAACAAUACCACUUUGCGAAUAUAUGUGACUUAUUGAAAAGACUGCUAAACAAAGCGUAUUAAAAAAUUGUACUAAAUCCUACAUAA